AUGGUACCCCACGUAUUUGUAACUCCUAAUCUUAUAAAACAAAUUGAGCUGACAAAAGUAAUAACUAGCAUGCCAGUCUAUAUUAGUGAUCAAAAUGCUAAGAUUCAACUUUACUUCGUGAUUCCAGAUGAUAUACCAGUAUACGACAAAUUUGAACACCAAAUUUACACAACUCGAGAUGAGGAUUCUAAUGAAGAUCGACAACUUUUACGCCACAUUACUACUGAUUUAAAAAAUAAAUUUUAUGCCACGGCAUCACGUGAAGAAAAUUCGUUAAUUCUAGCGAUAUAA